UCUGCGCGGCCACGCCCCCUUGUUCCCCGCGGCCUCCCGGGUCAGCUGGUGCUGGCGUCAGGCGCUGGGCGGGCUCGCCAGGACCUGGCAAGGCUUGUUUACUAUGGCCGAUGAUCUGGAGCAGCAGCCUCAAGGCUGGCUGAGUAGCUGGCUGCCCACGUGGCGCCCCACUUCCAUGUCUCAGCUGAAGAAUGUGGAAGCCAGGAUCCUCCAGUGUCUCCAGAAUAAGUUCCUGGCCAGAUAUGUAUCCCUCCCAAACCAGAAUAAGAUCUGGACGGUGACUGUGAGCCCCGAGCAAAAGGACCGCACCCCCCUGGUGAUGGUGCAUGGUUUUGGGGGUGGCGUGGGCCUCUGGAUCCUCAACAUGGACUCACUGAGUGCCCGCCGCACACUGCACACCUUCGAUCUGCUUGGCUUCGGGCGAAGCUCAAGGCCAGCAUUCCCAAGGGACCCGGAGGGGGCUGAGGAUGAGUUUGUGACAUCGAUAGAGACAUGGCGGGAGACCAUGGGGAUCCCCAGCAUGAUCCUCCUGGGGCACAGUUUGGGAGGAUUCCUGGCCACUUCUUACUCAAUCAAGUACCCUGAUAGAGUUAAACACCUCAUCCUGGUGGACCCAUGGGGCUUUCCCCUCCGACCAACUAACCCCAGUGAGAUCCGUGCACCCCCAACCUGGGUCAAAGCCGUGGCAUCUCUCCUAGGACGUUCCAAUCCAUUGGCUGUUCUUCGAGUAGCUGGGCCCUGGGGGCCUGGCCUGGUGCAGCGAUUCCGGCCAGACUUCAAACGCAAGUUUGCAGACUUCUUCGAAGAUGAUACCAUAUCAGAGUAUAUCUACCAUUGCAACGCACAGAAUCCCAGUGGUGAGACAGCAUUCAAAGCCAUGAUGGAGUCCUUUGGCUGGGCCCGGCGCCCUAUGCUGGAGCGGAUUCACUUGAUUCGAAAAGAUGUGCCCAUCACCAUGAUCUAUGGGUCUGACACCUGGAUAGAUACCAGUACAGGAAAAAAGGUGAAGAUGCAGCGGCCAGAUUCCUAUGUCCGAGACAUGGUAUGUUGCACAACCCAAAGAAUGGAAAUGAUGACUGAGAGUCAAUCAGCUCUCAGCCUUGGGGUAGAGAAGGGUAAUCAAGGAGAAAGAGGAAUGGACAGACUGAGAUAGAGCAGUAGAUUUGAGAAGUUUGGAAACUCUCUUUGUAAUAUCUUUUUUUUUUUUUGAGAUGGAGUCUCGCUUUUGUUGCCCAGGCUGGAGUGCAAUGGUGCAAUCUCGGCUCACUGCAACCUCCGCCUCCCGGGUUCAAGCAAUUCUCCUGCCUCAGCCUCCCGAGUAGCUGGGAUUAUAGGCAUGCACCACCACGCCCAGCUAAUUUUGUAUUUUUAGUAGAGACGAGGUUUCUCCAUGUUGGUCAGGCUGGUCUCGAACUCCCGACCUCAGGUGAUCCGCCCGCCUUGGCCUCCCAAAGUGCUGGUUUUGUAAUAUCUUCAUUAGGGGCUUCCUACUUUUAGCCCAGUUCAGCUAAAAGGCUGGUUGUUGUCUAGCAGCCAGGUACCUGCUGGCUCCAGCCCCCACAUAGUUCCUACCCCAAAACCAGAGCCAUGGGCAGUAGAGUGAAUAGUAGAGGCUGCCAUGAAGCCUCUCCACCACACCUCCUCCCCUUUUUUCUUACCCCUCUCCGCCAUGUGCCAAUGAGUGUGCUUAAUGAGGCUGGGUGCUAACCAUGGGCCCAGAUUUACUGGAACUUUGGAUUAAAUGAGCAGAUCAGUGGUGGGGCUAACAUGGAAGGAAAGACAUAGUGAAUGUUCAUCAAAUAAGUAGAAUGGGAAAGCAUUGGCUGUCAAAGGAAAAUACCAAGAUCCAAGCAAGAAAGAUGGAGCAUUAUUUCCGAUAAGAGCUCAUGGGUGGCAGGCAAGCAAGUCUAAGGGGAAAAGAAAUAGCACCAGGAAUAAAGGGCCAUCCCACCCCUGCGGGUCCUCUCUCCACAGGAGAUUAAGGGUGCCUCUCACCAUGUCUAUGCUGACCAGCCACACAUCUUCAAUGCUGUGGUGGAGGAGAUCUGUGACUCAGUUGACUGAGCCGCUCUCUGAAGAGGAAGAGGAGAAAGCCAGAGAGUCACUCUUGCCUCCCUGUCUGCUUACUCACCCACUCUGUCCUUUCCUCACCAACUAACAUGUGCCAGCCAGGCAGAGUCUUGUGCUCUUCCCAGAACAGGACGACAGUGAAAAGAACACUCUUGACCCCACACUGAAAGCUGAAGGCCACAAGAGGCCUUGAGUGCCACCCCCGGGGAAGAACAUAAAGGGUUGCACAAUGCCACCCGUCCACUCCUUGCCAAGUGUUACCCAGAUGGUGGAGGAUGUGAAGGGAUUGCACCAAGCCACAUUCACUCUCUCUGCGGCCUUUCUUCCUCUGGGCAAAGAAGGGUUUCCAGUGGCCUUUCCUCGCUCUGCAGUGUUUGUGGGGAUAGGUUCCAUGCAAAAACACCUUCCUCCUCCAUCCCCCACUUCACCCCAUCCCAUACCAGUUCCAUCCAGGGUCUGGUUAACUGCCAAGAGCAGGUCCUGGAGUUCCCUUCACCUGCAGAGUCCUUUUCAUGACCUAGAAGGUCUUAUUCAAAGGCCUCAUUGACAGAGGAAGAAACAGGCAAGGCAGGACAUGGCUGGACCAUGGUGAUACAGCUCUUGUGUGAUUCAAGUUCUGGCAGAGCUUGUAAGGCUAGAGCCCAGGUCUGCUGACACCCUGUGCUUGUUGCACACUUGAUUUGCUAAGGCUGGAGACAGGCACCAUUGCCAUGGGGCUGGUCCUAGUCACUGGCUGAGGAUAAGCCCGUCCCUGCCCCACAUUCUAGCCCCACUAUGCGGGGGUGCUGUUGUCCUGCCUGUGUCUCAUCCCUGGCUGCCUAAGCUAGGGACACUCAAGUGCUUCCUUCUUUGCCCCAUCUUCCUCCCAACUGGAGGCCUCUGAGCCUCCCCUGUGCCUUGGGCCCUGAAGCCCCACAUGUAGUAUAGAGCAAAGGUGGCUCCUGGUGAAGAGAGGGUGGAAAGGCCCUUCAGCCCCCGGGCCAUGUCUGGGUUCUCCAUGCCCAUCAGUCUCUGCAGUUUCUCUACCUGCCCCCAGAGCUGAGGCCAUCUGCAAGCCCCUGCCCAUGGCCCAGUGGGGAGCCUCCAGCCGCCAGUUCCCUGUCCUUAUCAGCCACUGGGUGGUUCCCACUGCAUGACCCUCUAUCUCUGCUAUCUGUCCCCAUGGUUUCCAGCUCAAUCCACUCCUGACCCAUCUGUCAGCUCUCUCCCAGGGAGCCGUUUCAGGGGUUCUGGGCAGUAGGCUGGGCCUGGCCUCAGAACCUGGCGGCUCCUGCCUGCUCCUUCACUUUUGUAAAACCAACCCUUUCACCAGAAUGGUAUUAACUCCUGGUGCUUUGUACUACUGGUCCAGCUGCCCUGGGCUCCUUUUCUAUAUUAAUAAAGAAAUGAGUAAAAAUUA